GCCAAGUACAGCGGCGACUACCUGGGCGGGCGGAAGAACGGCAAGGGGCAGUUCUCGUGGUCGGACGGCUCCCGAUACGAGGGCGACUUCCAAGACAACGACAUCCACGGGACUGGCCAAUACACGUGGAGCGACGGGCGCCGAUUCUUCGGCGAGUGGGCCUGGAGCUCAGCCGGAGCUCCCUCGCGCCGGCUGGCCGGGAGCAGAAGAACCGGAUGCACGGCGCCGGCAAGUUCAGCUGGGCGGACGGCCGCAGCUACGAGGGGGCGUACGAGAACGACCAGAAGCAUGGCCACGGCGUGUUCGUCUGGCCGGACGGGCGCAGGUACUCGGGCCUGUGGCAGGAGGGCAGGCAACACGGGGAGGGCGCCUACUUCUCUGCCGACGGCACCUGCAGGCGCGGGGAGUGGCAGAACGGCAAGCGGGCCAGGUGGCUGGAAGGCGAGGGCGGGGGCGACCCCGCCGACAACGGCCUCGACGACAACACCGAGCGGUAGCGCGCUGGGCUCGCCCGCCGCUCGUCGCCCUCGUUGGCUCUCAGAGACUCCCCUCGGC